UAUGGGUGUAGUUUCUGAACGCACCCCAGGAUCAGUAGAAAGUGAACACAUGUGUUAACCUGGAACAAAUGCGUGACGUUAAUUAUAACAACAUUAAACAAUAUGAAUGAAGAAAUAAAAAGUUUUUCGGAUCUAAAACUAAACUCUUGGCUCCUUACACAAUGCGAAUCUAUGGGUUUAAAAAAGCCCACUAUGAUUCAGCAAAAUUGUAUUCCUCACAUAUUAGCAGGUGAAGAUUGUAUAGGCUGUGCCAAAACAGGUAGUGGCAAGACUCUUGCAUUUGCUCUGCCUAUUUUGCAAAAAUUAUGCGAGGAUCCAUAUGGUAUAUUUGCUCUUGUGUUAACACCAACAAGAGAAUUAGCUUUUCAGAUUGCUGACCAAUUUGCCGCAAUUGGUAAAGCUAUCAAUUUGAAGAAAUGUGUAAUUGUUGGUGGCAUGGAUAUGAUGGUGCAAGGAUUGGAAUUGUCUAAACGGCCACAUAUAGUUGUGGCUACACCAGGUAGAUUAGUGGAUCAUUUGGACAGUUGUGAUACAUUUUCCUUGCAGAAGAUUAAAUUUCUAGUAUUGGAUGAGGCUGAUAGACUGCUGGGUGGUCAUUUUGAUGAACAACUUAAAAACAUAUUUGCUGCAGUACCCAAACAGAAACAAGUAUUAUUAUUUAGUGCCACAAUGACAGAUGCUCUUGAUAAAGUAAAACAAAUAGCUUCCAGUAAGGUUUUUAUAUGGGAAGAAGAGGAUGAUGCUGGUAUUGCUACUGUAAGGGAAUUAGAUCAACGUUAUGUGUUAUGUCCUAAAGAUGUGCUUGAUUCAUUUCUGGUAGAAGUGAUUAGGACAUUUCGUGCCACAAAUAAGAAUGGCUCCAUCAUGAUAUUCACAGAUACUUGCAAGCAUUGUCAACUAUUAUCAAUGACGCUGAAUGACGUUGGAUUUACGAACGUGGCCCUUCAUGCGAUGAUAAAACAGAAGGAACGCUUGGCCGCGCUAAACAAGUUCAAGUCCAAUUAUGUACAGAUUUUGAUUGCUACCGAUGUCGCGGCGAGAGGCUUAGACAUUCCCACAGUAGAACUGGUCGUUAACCACAUAAUACCGAAUGUACCGAAAGAAUACAUUCAUAGAGUUGGCAGGACAGCUCGCGCAGGUAGAGGUGGUAUGGCAGUUAGCCUCAUAACUCCGAAUGAUAUCAAAUUAUUACACGCGAUUGAAGACACAAUAGGUACUAAAUUAACAGAAUACAAAGUAGACGACAAAGAAAUUGUUACAAUUUUGACACAAAUAUCGGUGGCGAAACGGGAAGCGGAAAUUAGAUUAGAUGAGACUGAUUUCUACGAAAAGAAAAUGAUUAAUAAACGGAAAAAAUUAAUCUUGGAAGGCAAAGAUCCGGAUGAGAUAGAGGAACUUCUAGAGGAACAGAAGAAAAAACGUAAAAAGCCAAAGAAAAGAAAAAACGCGGAACAAACAAUUGAUAUAAAAUGAAACUUUUAAUGUACAUAUGUGAUUUGAAAUAUAUAUAUUAAAAAUACUACAUACAAUUAUAAUAAGUCAUUGUUG